AAAUGUUCUUUGAAGGAAAGACCUUGUGCCGCGCGACCGGUGGAAGGACAAUCAGUACUAUGUGUUUGUAACACAACAUACUGCGAUGAAAUUAAAAGGGAAGUUCCAGAAAAAGGACAAUAUGUCGCUUAUACUUCAUCGAAGGCUGGUUCAAGAUUUAGAAAAAGUUAUGGUGAAUUCAAUAAAGAUUCAUAUUCAGGUAAAGAAUGCAUCGAUGUUUUGAAAGUGAAUCCAACAAAGACGCAUCAGAAGAUCCAAGGGUUCGGUGGUGGUAUUACUGAUUCCGCAGGCAUUAACCUGUUCAGUUUACCGCCUAAUAUGCAGCAAGAUAUUAUCAAUUCAUACUAUAGUGAAUGUGGCAUCGAAUACAAUAUGGGCCGUGUCCCAAUUGGCGGUAGUGACUUCUCUACACAUUUGUACGCUUACAACGAAUAUCCUAUCAACGACACCUACCUUACCAACUAUACUCUCUCGUAUGAAGAUUAUCAUUACAAGAUACCAAUUAUCCAAGCCAUCAUGAAUGUAUCUACAGCACCGCUGCAGUUGGUAGGUACAGUUUGGUCACCGUCAGGUUGGAUGAAGGACAACUAUGGAGAUUCAGGAGUCAACAGAUUGAAAGAAGAGUAUAUGGGAACAUAUGCACUAUAUUUCUUAAAAUUUUUACAAUUAUAUAAGGAAAAUAAAAUCCCGUUUUGGGCGAUAACAACUACUAAUGAACCUUUGAACGGAGUAAUACCGUUAGGCGAAUUUCAACAUCUUGGAUGGACGGUGAAGAGAAUGGGUGAAUGGAUUAAAAACGACUUAGGUCCAAUGUUACGUAACUCUAGUUUUAAAGAUGUCAAAAUUCUGGCCGUGGAUGAUCAGCGCUAUUCCAUACCAAUGUGGUUUAACAUCUUGUUGCAAUUAGUUCCGGAAGCUGAAGAAUAUAUAGAUGGCGUUGCAGUGCACUACUAUCUUGACAACAUCACACCGGCCUCCAUCCUGCAGGAGACUGUGAAGAGUUAUCCCAAGAAGUUUGUCAUAUCAACAGAGGCUUGUACAGGAUUUACUGGUCCAACAGAUCAAAGGGUGGUGUUAGGAGCGUGGGACAGAGCCGAAACCUACAUCAUUGAUAUUCUGGAAAAUUUAUUGAACAACGGAGUGGGAUGGAUUGAUUGGAAUAUAUGUUUGGAUAUGAUAGGCGGUCCUAACUGGGUACAGAACUAUGUUGACUCUCCUAUCAUUGUUAACGCAGAAAAGAAGGAGUUUUACAAACAGCCCAUGUUCUAUGCGUUAGGUCAAGUCACUAAGUUCGUGAAGAGACACUCUCAUAGGAUAGAAAUGACGAAUGUAACUGUAUGCCCCAAUUCUAAAGACACCGAUGAAGUUAGUGAGAACGUCUUCGUUUGCAACUCAGAUGACAACGAUCCAGUAUACAACAGUGCAGCUUUCCUCACCCCAGAGAACACAAUAGUGGUCAUCAUUUACAAUAGAGGGGACGCGAAGAAUGUUGUUAUUUCUAUACGAGAUAAAGAAGCGGUGGUUGAACUUGAGGCGUCGUCUAUAACGACUGUCGAAUUUCAGAAUGAAGAUGGUACCAAAUAACAUAAACUAUGUGUUCUUU